UCUCAGCUCGAUGUCUGGAGAUCUCCCUCGACCUUUGGCCGGCCAGUGGAUGUCUUGGUCCCGUCUGUCAGCUUGCAGCCAGUCAGGUCCUUCCUGGUGUCCCAGGGUUUCGAGUACUCAGUGACAAUUGAAGACCUACAGGCCCUUUUGGAUGACGAAGAUGAAGAAAUGCAACACAAUGAAGGACAGGAGCGGAACGGCAGUCACUUCAACUACGGGGCUUACCACUCUCUGGAAGCCAUUUACCACGAGAUGGACAACAUUGCCUCCGACUUUCCUGACCUGGUGAGCAGGGUGCAGAUUGGAUGUUCGUUUGAGCGCCGGCCCAUGUACGUCCUGAAGUUCAGUACCGGAGGAGAGCAGCAGCGGCCAGCCGUUUGGCUGAACGCAGGCAUCCAUUCCCGCGAGUGGGUCUCGCAGGCCACUGCCAUCUGGACGGCAAGGAAGAUUGUCUCUGACUACCAGAAGGAUCCUGCCCUCGGUGCCAUCCUGGAGAAAAUGGACAUCUUCUUGUUGCCUGUGGCCAAUCCGGACGGCUAUGUGUACACACAGACUCGUAACCGGAUGUGGAGGAAGACACGGUCCCUCAAUCCUGGAAGCCUCUGUGUUGGUACAGAUCCCAACAGGAACUGGAACGCCAGUUUUGCGGGACAGGGAACUAGUGCCAACCCUUGCUCUGAAGUAUACCACGGCCCUCACGCCAACUCGGAAGUGGAGGUGAAAUCAGUGGUAGAUUUCAUUCAGAAUCAUGGGAAUUUCAAAUGUUUCAUCGACCUGCAUAGCUACUCCCAGCUACUGAUGUACCCAUACGGAUAUACGAUCACGAAGGCCCCAGAUGCGGAAGAACUGGACGAGGUGGCGAGGCGUGCAGCCAAGGCUCUGGCUUCCCUGUCGGGCACUGAGUACCAAGUGGGCCCCACCUGCACCACUGUCUACCCAGCUAGCGGCAGCAGCAUCGACUGGGCGUACGAUAAUGGCAUCAAGUACGCCUUCACAUUUGAGCUGAGAGAUACCGGGCACUACGGCUUCCUGCUGCCAGCCAAUCAGAUUAUCCCCACCGCCGAGGAGACCUGGCUGGGGCUGAGGAGCAUCAUGGCGCAUGUACGGGACCACCUCUACUAAGCGAGGACAUUUGUGUCCAUUCUUGCACAUGCUGGACUUCAUGCCGGAGUCGGAGCCCUCCCGGUUUGUGGGGAGCCCAGGCCAGGCCGUUCUCUGCAGCUGGUGCACCCUGGCAGGGUAGCUGCACAGAGGC